AUGAAUUACCAGAAGCUCGGCAAGUGCAUCAUCAUAAAUAACAAGAACUUCGAUGUCAGGACAGGGAUGUGUGUUCGAAAUGGAACAGACAAGGACGCCGGGGAUCUCUGCAAAUGUUUCCGAACUUUGGGAUUUGACGUGAAGGUUUAUAAUGAUCAAAGCUGUGAGGAGAUGGAACGGUUGCUGCAGGGUGUGGCGAAGAAUGACCACAGUGACAGCGCUUGUUUCGCCUGCAUCCUCCUGAGCCACGGUGAAGAAGGUCAGAUCUACGGCACAGAUGGAGCAAUGGCCAUAAAAACUCUAACAACGCUUUUCCGAGGCGAUAAAUGUCAAAGUCUGGUCGGGAAGCCAAAACUUUUCUUCAUCCAGGCUUGCCGAGGCUCAGAGUUUGACGAAGGGAUUCAGACGGAUUCCGGGCCAGCUAACGACUCCCUGGAGACAGACGCCAAUCCCAGAUACAAGAUCCCAGUUGAGGCAGACUUCCUUUUUGCCUACUCCACCGUACCAGGCUACUAUUCUUGGAGGAAUCCAGGAAGGGGCUCUGGUUCGUACAGGCCCUCUGCAGUGUGCUUAACCAGUAUGGGAAGCAGCUGGAAAUUAUGCAGAUCCUGACUCGGGUCAACUACCUGGUAGCCACCAACUUCGAGUCAUGGUCGGAUGACCCGCGCUUUAGUGAGAAGAAACAGAUUCCCUGUGUGGUCUCUAUGUUAACCAAGGAACUGUAUUUCUAG